UCAAUUACGACCUGGAAGCAGUAGUCUCUUGUGUGCGGAGCUGCUCAGUUUGAGAUCAGUUAGGCAGAUUGCAGAUUCAACAUGUCCGACGACGAGUUCUAUGAGGAGGAGACUACCUCCCAAACCUCCAAAAAGGGAGAUGAGGCCUUUGCUAAAGCCAAGGCCGGCAUUAAGAAAUCUGAGCUUGAUGACCAGCUCAGAGAAUACAUCAAUGAAUGGAGAAAACAGAGAGGCAAGGAGGAGGAAGAACUCAAGAGACUGAAGGAAAAGCAGGCCAAGAGGAAGGAAAUCCGAGCUGAGCAGGAAAAGAAGCUUGCCCAACAGAAGAAGGAAGAAGAGGAAAAGAUCAGAAAGGAAGAGAAUGAAAAGAAGGCCAAGGAAACUGAAGAGAAAAAGAAGAGGAUGGAAGAGGCAGAGGCUAAGCGCCAACAGAUGCUAGAAGCUCAAAAGGCAAAGCAGAAGGAAGGUGGACCUGGAAAGAAGGGAGGUGCUGGCAGCCAGGUUGCUGUUAAUGAUGCCCGCAAGGAGAUGUCCAAGACCAAAGAGCAGCUGAAUGAAGAAAUGAAACUUGCCCUUAGCAUAAAGAUAAAGCCCCUUGACCUUGAUGCCCUUGACUCUGAUGAACUCAAGAAGAAAGCUGAAGAUCUUUUCAACAUCAUUGUACAACUGGAGACUGAUAAAUAUGAUUAUGAGCAGAGGAAGGUCACACAAGACUAUGAACUCAAAGAACUCAAAGAAAGACAAAAGGUUCAGCUCAGACAGAAGGCCUUGAAGAAGGGUCUAGACCCAGAGGCUCUUACUGGAAAGCACCCACCUAAGAUACGUAUGUACUCCAAAUAUGAGAGACGUACUGAUACCAGAACCUAUGAUGACAGGAAAAAACUGUACGAAGGUGGCUGGGAGGUUAUCAGGGCUGAAACCCUUGAAGCCAUGUGGAAAGAGAAGUACGAAGACUGGACCAAGAGACCUAAGUCUCGUCUUCCCAAAUGGUUCGGAGAACGUCCCGGCAAAAAGUCUGGUGACCCAGAGACCCCUGAAGAUGAAGAGGGUGAACAGCCUCCCCCAGCUGAACUGGAAGAGGAGGAAGAAGAGGAAGAAGAGGAGGAGGAGGAGGAGGAGGAGGAAUAAACUAAGUUCCCUUUGUAACGAUAGACCUCUGAUCUGCUUGACAUUCCUGACUGGUCUCGCUCUUGUCUCACGCUUUGUCGCCAAUACAGCCAAACUUAACAAGAUAUCAGACCGCCAUUCUAAUAUUUGGCUGUGCAUUUUAAUUUUUGGGGUUAAUUUUAAUAUUUUAUGUAACAUCAUUAAUUUUGGGGCCAAAAUUUAUGUGGAAGCAACGACCUAGCUAUUGGACCUAAUAGACAUCAAAUAAAAAUUAAUUUUGUUACACCAUUGAUUUUCAAGACAGUGUUCUUCAUAUCUCCAAGAUUUUCACUAAUAAAUAAAGUGACAAAACAUAUUUCAUAUUGUAAAAUUCCGCGCACCUUUAGGAAACUUUUUCAGAUUGAUUUUAUCCCAGCCCAAUAGAUGGAGUCAAUUUCUAAAAGUUUUAUGUUACGCCCGCUAAUGCUUUUGUAAUAAAUAAGACAAACUUUAA